AUGUACACUCAACUCAUCGCAGCCCUCGUUCCGGCCUCGUUAGUUGCUGCCGUUGGCAAUAGCAACAACGUGUGCAACAAAAAUCCUUAUUUGGCUCUGCGUCCACUGUCCAAACUUCCCGCCGUGCAAUCGUUCUGCACAUCCAAGUUUCCGGCAGUCCCUUGCACUACCACAUUGACGACAACCGCAACAGCGACCUCCUUCACAACAGUGUCGACUUCUACGACCACAACCGGAACGACAACCAAGACAACAACGGUGCAGAUUGAUACAGUGCAAAGCGCAACAUCCACCUCCACCUCUACCGUCUUCACCGGCACGACCACUACAACGACUUUCACCUCAACGAGUACAUCGACCACCUUCACUACAACUGCAACAGUUUGCUCCACUACCAAUGACAAGCGUGACACUCCGGAUGUCGAGCCAGCUCGCGAUGGUUUGCAAUACCAUACCCUCAUCCAACGCCCUAAGCUAGCAGGACGAUAUGUCCCCGUUGGCCGUCGUGAGCCCGCAAGAGCCACACCUUGUCCAACUCCUGAUGCGUUGAAGAAGUUGGCAGCUUCUGCAGUUAAGACCUUCUGCUCCUGCGUGACGAAAGCUGCACCGUGCGCUGCUGCUGCAGCCACUGCGACCUCCACGACAACAAGUUCAGUCACAGCGACCGUCUCGACACAGGCGACUUCGACUACAUCAGUCACCGCCGUCACCACGGAAUUUAUCAUCAGUACGACCACUAUAUCGACAGUAACGACUGCCACAACAUCCGAAGUCUCCACCACCGUCCUCUCCACAUCGACCGUCUCACAGGUCCCAUGCCUGAGCUGCACAAGCGGCACUUUCUGCGACAGUAAGCAAAACAAUUCCCUUGUUUCGAGAGAUUCUUACGCUAACGAACGUCUUCCUCUUCCCUAA